CGUUUAUGCACCGGUGAACAAUGGCGGCUCGAAGCAAUGUUUGAAUAAAAAAAAAUUACAACAUGUAAACAUAUCAUUAGUAAGGACUUCAAGAUACAAGACAUGGAACAACAGACACGGGCAUCGAGAAAGCUGUGGGAUUCACCGAAGACAGCCACAGGUGCACGUCGAUCGAUAUGGGAACGUUCCCCAAGUCCAAGAUGUCGUACACCAACAGAAAGUGAACGUCAAACGUUCUGGAAGCGAUCACCUAGCCCAGGAUGCCAAACCCCAAGGAGACGUCCAAGAGUAGAACAACCAAAAUUAGAUCAAUGUUCAAAAUCUCCAUGGCAAUCAGAACACAACCAUGGAAAAUCAAAUGACCUGUCUACCAUUAUACAAAAAUAUGGUUUAAACACAUUUGUUUGUGCAGUGCAGACUGAUAAACAUAUUCCCAAAAACUUUGUUAACAGGGAUGAUUAUUUUUUAAAAAUAAUGCAAGAAGUUGACAAAUCAAUGAACAUCAAACAUGUUAUUGAACUCCAAAGGCUAUGUGAAAAAAUCCCUGACGAGACCAGAUUAGUAGAUUGUGGUGCCAAGUUCAAAACUGUUUUAUGGAAAGCUUCAAGGGCACACAAAGAACCACUUCUGAACUUCAUAGCACCUGUUGUUGACGCUUGUUUGAUCCCUGAUUGUGGAGGCAAGGUGUAUCCGGCGUCAAAAUCUAACAUCACACUGUUUAAAAUAACAGGUCCAGAACCAGGUUUGAAAUGCUCGCUCCGGUGUAGGUCAUGCGGAGCGAGGUAUUACAUCAGUCAUUAUACCAUCCCGAAUGUUGGCAGGCGUUACUAUGAUGUCAAAUACAAAACAUCACAAAAGGAGAGUUCAAAUUGGGUGUACUUUGAUGACAGCACUUAUGAAUUGAUGUGUGAAUCAGGGAACCAUGCCUUUGUAUCACACAAAGCAUUUGCAGAAAUAUACAAUGGCGUGUAUGAUGAAAAUCGGGCUCCGGAAUUCCAUGAAUGGAAAAAGGCUACAUUUGCUGAAUCAAGAUCUGAAGAUUCCAGCCUGGCCGGUGAUGAUGGUGAUGAUGGUGAUGAUGGUGAUGGUGUUUGUCAAGACGAUGAAUACUUAGAUGUCAAGGGCAUGAGUGCGAAGAUGGCCUUAAAUAGUUUCUUUGCCUGUGAGCUAGAAAAGGAGAUUGAUGAAAGAAACCUGACUGCACAUAUAACAUUUAACCAAAAAAACACUGAAAAUGACGUUCUCGGAAAGAUAGACCAGUACAGACGUGAUGAGAUUUAUCCACAUUCAUGUUCAGCUAAUUGCAAAAAAAAGGGUUGUGAAAAUCUUCGAGUGAUUGAUGCUUGCUGGAAGCUCAAUAUUUUUCACUGCCUGAUGUCAGUGCCCCAACACGUCGAUGGGUAUCCUCUCUUAUCGUUUCCUAACGUGUGUGUGAACGAGCCGAGAGCCGGAAGUGUAUUUUGCCAAGACCAUUUCCAGCUCCUACAACGCAAUGGGGUUCCUACUGAAAAGAAGUCAUUCUUACAACAUGUCGGAUGUAAAGGUGCCGACUCUACUAGUCAGAUGGAAGCAAAAGUGAUGGCCUUUGCUGGAAGUAUUCAACAAACAGGACAAACAGCCAUUGAGUAUCAAGGUACUAAGUCCAUGGUGUUAAGAACCAGGCCUUCAUCCUGGGAAUCAUCAGGUAAAUCCCUAUGCAACAAAGACAUUGGCCAAAAGGGAAAGUUGCGACAGAAGUCUAGAGGCCAUUUCAUGUGUGUUACUGGGGGUGGACACAUAAUGUAUUUCAAUCCUCUUUUCAAGGCAGAAAGUCCUUCUCAGGUCUUCAUGCAAACUAUCAAGGUCAUUUACGAGGAUGUUCGGCAUGUUCCUCAUGAACAUUUAGACAGCCACCUUGAAACCUACUUCUUAGCGUAUGACAACAUGUGUCAUUUGGACUCUCUAAGGGGAUCCAAGGUCCCCCUUCCACUUCAAGAACCAUACCAAUUGUUGUGGUUUAAGAUAAAAAAGGUUAUUGACCGACUGCAUCUAAGCAACCAUAAGAAUAAGAAAUGUCAUACAAAGUACAACCCGGAUGUGCUGCCUGCUGGCUACAAUACACAAGCUGCAGAACAGACUUUUUCCUGGCUUGGCCGCUUCAAAAAAGUGGUCAACUCUAUGACACAGAUGCACCAUCUGUUCUACCUUCAUAGGAUGAUCAAACGUAGAAACUCAUACACAGAAAUAUGCCGAAAAAACAAUCGGGAACCGGUUAUACCGCUUGUGCCAAGGACUGUUAGAUGAGUAACAAGGACUGUUAGAUGAGUAACAAGGACUGUUAGAUGAGUAACAAGGACUGUUAGAUGAGUAACGAGGACUGUUAGAUGAGUAACAAGGACUGUUAGAUGAGUAAUGUGAACUGGUGUAAGGCAAAAUUGAAAUAAGGAGAUGGCUUUUGUAAAUAUAUUUUUAUUUCAAUUAAGCUUCAUUGUGGCUAUGCCAUAACAUGAGCAUGAACAAACGUAUGAUAGUUGAAACAAAUUUUUACUACAUAAUUGACACAAACAAUUGUGAUUGCUAUUUUAAACUGUGCUGUGCACUGUUUUAAUUUAUACUU